UGGGGUGCCGGUCCCCGAGCGGGCGCCAUGCGGUCCCUGAACAUCACCCCGGAGCAGUUCGCGCAGCUCCUGCGGGACAACAACGUGACGCGGGAGCAGUUCAUUGCUCUCUACGGGCUGCAGCCGCUGGUGUACAUCCCGGAGCUGCCCAGACGCACCAAGGUUGCCUUCGUCCUCAUCUGCGUUCUCAUCUUCGCCCUGGCGCUCUUCGGCAACUGCUUGGUGCUGUACGUGGUGACCCGCAGCAAAGCCAUGAGGACCGUCACCAACAUCUUCAUCUGCUCCCUGGCGCUCAGCGACCUCUUCAUCGCCUUCUUCUGCGUGCCCUUCACCAUGCUGCAGAACAUCUCCUCCAACUGGCUCGGCGGUGCCUUCGCUUGCAAGAUGGUGCCGUUUGUUCAGUCCACUGCUAUUGUAACUGAGAUUCUUACAAUGACCUGCAUUGCUGUGGAAAGACACCAGGGAAUUGUGCAUCCACUAAAAAUGAAGUGGCAGUACACCAAUAAAAGAGCUUUCACGAUGCUUGGCAUAGUCUGGUUGCUGGCUCUUAUUGUUGGGUCACCCAUGUGGUAUGUGCAACGGCUUGAGGUUAAAUAUGACUUUCUAUAUGAAAAAGUGCAUGUUUGUUGCUUGGAAGAAUGGGCCAGUCCCAUUUAUCAGAAGAUAUAUACGACCUUUAUUCUUGUUAUACUCUUCCUUCUUCCACUGAUGCUGAUGCUUUUCUUGUACACUAAAAUUGGCUAUGAACUCUGGAUUAAGAAACGAGUGGGAGAUGCUUCAGUUCUUCAAACCAUUCAUGGGAACGAAAUGUCUAAAAUAUCAAGGAAGAAGAAGCGAGCAAUUGUUAUGAUGGUGACAGUGGUGUUUCUCUUUGCAGUCUGUUGGGCCCCUUUCCAUGUGAUUCACAUGAUGAUGGAGUACAGUAAUUUUGAGAAGGAGUAUGAUGAUGUGACAAUCAAAAUGAUCUUUGCAAUUGUCCAGAUCAUAGGAUUCUUCAAUUCUAUUUGCAACCCUAUUGUGUAUGCUUUCAUGAAUGAGAACUUCAAGAAAAAUUUUCUGUCUGCCCUCUGCUUCUGCAUUAUGAAAGACAACACAUCCCCAGGCAGGCAGCAUGGCAACUCAGGAAUUACUAUGAGGAGGCAAAAGCCAAGUGCAUCUCAGAGAGAUCACAUGGAUUCUGAUGAAGGCAGGAGGGAAGCAUUCAGUGAUGGCAACAUCGAGGUCAAAUUCUGUGAUCAGCCAGCUUCCAAAAGGAAUUUGAAAAGGCACCUGGUCCUGUUCAGCUCUGAGCUUACUGUACACUCUGCAGUAGGAAAUGGACAGUAGCACCAGAAGGGGUUUGGGAAUGGAGAAGUCAUUCUCUUUAUGAUCUUUUCAAUAAGCCAUUUAAAAGAGUUUGCUACUGUGCAUGCUGAAAUGAGAAGGAAAAACGAUGCGUGGACUCUAAUAAUGUUGGGAUAGUGACUGAGAAAAUGUAAUAUUUAUUUUGUAAGGAUGAGGGGUAAAACUUUGGAAAAGAACAUUACUCUGUGAUUUCCAGGAGAAAAAAAAUUCUUCCUGACCUAAUUUAGGGCUUGUUCGCCCUUUGCUUUAAGUAAACAAAACAACUGCUGCUUGCUCCAUUUAUUGUGUGUCUGGACUGUGCACAGCUGAAUGCCAGAAGGCAGGAACUAUGGAGAGAAUGUGCACUGUUUUGGGACAACUUGGAAGUCUGACAUGGGGCUGACAUUGUAAGAUCUACUUGCUGCAGCUUUGAGGACUGAGAAGCUUCUGAGUUCAGGAAAGAUGGAGACUGAGAUGCAAUUCUAU